AUGGCGGUCGCUAAGGACCCGAUCGGCACCAUUGCGCAGGUUGCCAACGAAACGCAGCUAUUUUCUGAGAAGGGAGCUGGAUCAACAACCGAAGCAAGAUCGAACCCUGAUAUUGAAGCUACCUCAAAGGAUGCGGUUCUUGAAAAACGCAUAAUGCGAAAGAUUGACCUCUGGCUUGUUGGCUUUUACUCUCUCGUUUAUGUCUUCCGGGUUAUUGACAGCGCAAACUAUUCGAACGCCGCCAUCAUCAACCUAGAGGCCGGUACGGGCAUCAAGAAACAGCUCGGCUUCACGCCUUCGCAGUGGGCAUGGACGCUUUCUAUUUUCUCUUACAGCUAUCUUAUCUUCGAGCCUACCAAUACGGUACUUUUAAAGCUGUUCAAGCCGUCAAGAUGGAUGUUCAUCCUCAUCAUGGCGUGGGGCAUAUCGGCGUGUUGCUCCGCAGCAGCAACAAACUUCUCGGGCAUGAUGUGCGUGCGAUUCGCAAUUGGUGCGGCAGAGGCUGGAUUCUUCCCGUCUGUUUUGUUUCACUAUGCUUUCUGGUACAGACCUGAGGAAAUGGCCUUGCGCAUAGCUUUCUUCUACUCCGUGGGACAGGUAUCCAGUGCACUCUCUGGUCUGUUGGCGUACGCAAUUUCAUACAUGGACCAACUUGGGGGGGUCUCAGGAUGGCGAUGGCUGUUCAUCCUUGAAGGUUUACCUGCUAUAAUCCUUGCCUUCUUUGCUUUUGGUCUACCCGACUACCCUGAGUCAGCGAAGAUUCUCACCGAGGAGGAAAGGCUCUAUGUAAAAGAGAGGCUUGCGAGCACUGCGCCCAAGGGCGGGUCACAUUGGGACUUCAAAUCUCUGAAAGUCAUGGCCAAAGACCCAACCCUCUACACCUUCAGUCUUUAUUGGAUCUGCCAUGGUAUUGGAGGGUUUGGGGUGGGAUUUGCAUUGCCUACGGUGAUCUACCAGUUGGGAUUCACCACUACAGCGUACUCUCAGUUGAUGAACAUUCCGCCAUACGUCUCGGCAUUUCUACUUCUCAAUGCUUUGGGUUUCAUGCUGCAGAGGAAGUGGAUUAGACCCUGGGUUACUGCCGUGGGGAUUGAAUCAACAAUUAUCGUGUGUUACAUCAUUCUUCUUCUCGUUGAUAACCCGAUUGUCCGCUACCUCUGCUUGAUCGUAUCUGUGGCCUGCGCUGGUUGUGCGUACCCAGUUAUCUGGCCCGAACGAAUCAGGGCGCUAGAGGGAACAGUGGCAUCAGGAAUCGGCAUUGGCCUUACGAAUGCGUGUGCACAGUUCGGUGGGAUUGUAGGCCCGCAUGUCUUCAGCACGGUGUUUGGUCCCAGAUACCGCAUUUCAUAUGGCGUCAAUCUUUCGGUUUUGGUGGUUGGCAUCUGCUCAAUUCUAACUAGCUGGUUUCUCUCUACCAUGGAGCCAAAACUCGACAUGAUGGCGCAGGACAAGCCUACGAAUCCUGAAGAAGCACGCAAUGCCUUGUCAAGCUCAACUCUCAUCCCCGACCGUCAGCUGGAAAAGCAAGUCCUCCGAAAGCUGGACUUGCGACUUGCACCCCUCUUCGCGACCCUUUACUUCGUAGCGUACCUCGAUCGAAGCAAUAUCGGAAAUGCGGCCGUCGCUGGCCUGACUGAAGACCUUGGUCUGUCCGGUUCUCAGUUCAGCACCGCCGUCAGCGUCUUCUUUGCAACGUAUGUUGCAUUCGAGCUUCCGGUCGUCCUUGCCAUGAGAAAGCUUAAGCCAUAUCGAGCUAUUUCUAUAAUGUGUUUUGGCUGGUCAGUCGUCACAAUUGGUACAGCAUUCACCAAACGGUUCGGGGACUUGGUGGCCGUGCGUCUACUUCUGGGCUUGUGUGAAGCGGGCUUCUUUCCUUGCCUCUCUUUGUACAUCACGAUGGUUUACAAGCGAGAAGAGCAGGGCUUGCGAUUGGCAUACCUCUUCACUUCGGUCUCACUCGCUGGCAUGUUCGGGGGGUUGAUUGCAACGGCGAUUACCAAGAUUGGGCACAGCGCAGGGCUUAGAGCUUGGAGCUGGCUCUACGUUAUCGAGGGGCUGAUAUCCCUCCUUGCUGUUACGUGGGUGUGGUUCGGAUUGCCGAAUGAUCCAACCCGAGCGAAGUUUUGGAAACCAGAGGAGAGAGAAGUGAUGCUUGCUCGAGAAGCGCAACGACAAGAGUAUCUGGGAAGUCAGGUAUUUGAAUGGAAGGAGGUCUUCAACGCCUUCAAAGACCCUAAAGUCUAUUCCACUGCUUUGAUCCAGUUCUUCCAGGACAUUAUUUUGUAUGGGUUUAGUACUUUCCUGCCUUCUAUCCUGCGACUUGAUCUGGGGUUCACCGCACUUGAGGCACAAUAUCUUAGCAUCCCAGUGUAUUUUGUGGGAGGUGUCAGCUUUUUUACAGCUGCCAUUCUUGGAGACAAGUGGAGACUUCGAGGAACGGUGAGAUCUCCAGAGACACUUCAGCUUGAGGUUUGGAUUGCUGAUCUCAGUCGACAAAGUUUCUUCUUGGCCUUGACAUGUUUGCGGUCGUUGGGUAUGCGAUCCUUCUCGGUGUUGCAAACAGUCCUGGCAUCCGAUACUUUGCGUGCUACCUCGUCGCUAUCCCGCUUUACUGCGGACCCGGGCUCAACGAAAUUUGUGAGUGUGGUUCCAUCUAUCAACAUGGGAGAUAACGACGACUGUUAA